AGCUCACUGCUCCGGCUCUUUGAGUUGAGAUUCCUGCCUCUCACAGCUGUGGAGACGAGAUGACGGAGCUGCUGCUUUAACAAGCUGCCUUUUGACACGGCUAACGUGGCACCAACCUCAAGAUUCAAACUCUACUUGUGCUGGAUGGCAGCUGGCAGUCGUCUUCAAGCUCAGACACGAGGAGAAGAGAAUGAAGAGUUGAUUUUCCAGCCAGAGUAGAGUGUGACUCCGCUGACCUCUGAGCUGACGAUGAAUGUGCUGUUGAACACGGCUGCCAGGGCCCAGGAGCAGUCGCUACCUCUCUGUGGCCCCGGGUCGGUGCACGACCUGCCCCACUGCCCCCCAGGGUUCGGUCUGAACUCCCACCUGACCGCGGCACCGCUCCUCGGCUUGCAGGGCAGCGCGAGAGUCGCCAAGCCCCAGAAGGAGCUGAGUCCCGAGGAGCAGCUGGAGCUGAGGCGGAAGAUCAACAGCAGGGAGAGGAAGAGGAUGCAGGACCUGAACGUCGCCAUGGACGCCCUGAGGGAAGUCAUGGUGCCUUACGCUUCCUCCUCCUCCUCUCCCUCUCAGUCGCAUGCGCCCGGGGCCCCGCCGGGCCGCAGGCUCUCCAAAAUCUCCACCCUGGUUCUGGCCAGGAACUAUAUCCUCCUCCUGGGCUCGUCUCUCCAGGAGAUGCGCCGGCUCCUGGGGGAAGUGAGCAUCGGCAUGGGGGUGAACGCUGGGCCUGUCCCUCGGCUGCUGUUUGCCGGUGGGUGGCCCCUCAUUGCGGGGCCUGGCCAGCUCCUCCUCACCCAUGAGUCCCUCAUCUCCUCAACCAUCUCUUCAUCGUCGGCUUCUUCUUCUUCCCCCGCUUCGCUGUCCUCCUCAGCUGCUAAAUGUGCCCCGCGUCCUCCAGGCCACAUGGAGGCCUCGCUGGCCCCAGUGCAGUGGAGCUCCGUGGGGGCCGCAGGUGGGGCCCCCUGCCCCUGUGGCGUCUGCAGGCUGCCCAGAUUCAACCACUCCAAACCUGCUCCCAGAUUCCCAAAGUGAAGACUCGAAGCUUGCAGGGGAUUUCUUUAUGAUUGUUACACAUUAUGCAAGGUUUUUAUAGGAAUUAGUAUUUUUCUAACAGUUUAACGUCUUUGUAAAAUGUUACUACACUACUUACAGUUUUGUUCUGAUUUUAUCCGAGCACAUUAUGCUGUUCUGCUUUGUAUUAUCUGUAUGUUUAAUCUCAUAUUCUUGGUUUUAACAUGGCAUUAUUUUUCUUCUCCUUCAUCACAGACAAGCAAGAACCUCAUUCGAUGAGAUUUUCUUGUUUAUUGAAUGUAACACACAUUUCAAAUUACUGACCAAACUACGUCCAACUAUUGUGAAUUGUUGAAAUUGUAUCAGAAAUCAAAAAUCUUAGUAUGACUUUAAAUUCAACCAAAUGCUGCUGUUAGCUGCAAAUGUUAGCUACGGCUGCAGAGCAAUCAGUUUUUACCUCUUUCUGAUGAACCUGAACACGUUCCAAUUUGUUCUGUAUUUUGGUUUCCAUCUUUAUAUUGUUUAAAGCGACAUACUCAGCAUAAAGAGUCACAAAAUAAAAUGUUUUGCUUCUGCAUUUUUGCUCAAAUUACUUCCAGGCGUUUGAGAUUUGAAAUAGAAAUGUGUGGUAAGAAAACGAUGCCUGUGUUAAAUAUAGAAAAUAUUUUAUGUGCUUGUGAUGCGUUUACUGUCUUUGCUAAGUUCUAAGUAAAAGCGCAGCUUCAUGAAACAUUACAGAAAACAACAAACAGAUGCAUUGGUGGAACUUUGUGCACAGAAGCUGAACAUUGUCUUUAAAUAUUUAGAGUUCCCCCUUUUAUGUCUUCCUGAAGUAAAUCACAAAUCUACCAGUCUCUUUCCUCCAUGCAGAACAUAAAGUUUAAAUUCUGCAGUACAGACUAAAUGAACCAAACCAAAUGGUGUUGAAAGUCCAUGCAGGGAUUUGAACUCAGAACCUUUUUGCUCAGAGGCAAUAGGCAAACAUCUCUUCAGCGGAGCCCUGAAGAGAUGUUGGCUAAGGAUAAAAAGAUUAUCAAAAUAAAAUUAAUGAAUGGCAA